UUUAAGAAUACAGUACAAAGAUCCAUCUCGAGCUAUGAUUCUUCGAUAUCGGCAUGAAUAUACAUCAAGUGAAGAAUACAUAUCUAAUAAUAAUAAAAUUGGAGAUGUGUUCGAUGGCAAUCGAUAUAAGUCUCUGGUUGCAUUAGGCUUAUUUUCUGAUUAUCGAGAUCCACAAGGAUAUAACAGAACUAAUUAUAACCCAGAGAAUUUACCAAUGCGUACUCAUAUUAGCUAUCUUCAAGAUAUUGAAGCAAUAGAAAAUGAAAUAAGAGGAGCAAGAACUAGAAUACAACGUGAACGAGAUAUAAAUGGGCGUAGUAUUUUAUUAGAGUUGUGUUCAAUUGAUUUUCCUGCAUCAUUUUCAAUAGAUAUUAUGCAUGCACUUUUUGAAAAUGUAGCUCCACAUAUGUUUCGUCAUUUUAGUGGUAAAUUCUUUAAUAAUGAAAUGCUUAAUAAUACUGAUUAUAAGAUUUCAUUCAGUAAUUGGAAUAAAAUUACAAAGACAAUUGAACAAAAUCAAAAAAUGAUGCCAAAGGAAUUUGGAAGGCAUCCUAUUAAUAUCCAAAAAUACCACUCUGCUUUUAAAGCAGAAGAUUGGUAUAACUGGAUAGCAAAAUUUGUUAAAGCAACUCAACUUUGUCUUGAACCAGUUAUUUCUAAACAAGAACUUGAAGAAAUCCAAACACUUUUUGUUGGAUUUGUUCGCCACUAUGAAAAUGAAUAUUAUCAAAGAGAUUCUGAUAGAUUACCAGCAAUUCUUAUCAGCUUUUAUUACCUUUUACAUAUAAUGAAAUCAAUUCAAGAAACAGGUCCGCCAUGUGCUUUUCAAAAAGAAACUAAAAUUCUACCUCUGGAACGUGCUUUUAGUUUUUCAGCAACUGAAGAGGAAUUACAUUCACCAUCUCAAAAGUAUAAUAUGAUAAAGACAGAAGUUCAAAAGGUUAAGCAAUACUAUGCAACUGCAUUAGAUUUAAUGAUGAAUGAAAUAGGUGAAAUUAUUGAACAUAUUCAAAAAUAUGGCAAGCUGAGAACUAAAUCUGAAGCACUAAUUGGCUCAAAACUAGUUAACUGUAAAGGAGAUGUUGCUCGCAAUAACUAUUCAAUUGCUGCAAAGCUUUUAGUUGACAAAAAUGCACACCUACUAAGAGCACAUAAUGACUUUGAAGAGCGCGAGUUUUAUGGCAAUAAUAUACAAUAUUUUCAUAACUUUGGUGAAACAAGUGUUAUCAAUGUAACUGCCAUUGAUCGAUGUGUAGGAUUCCUUGAAGUAGCAGCAAACAAUCAUAUUAUAAUUGAUAGAGAAAAUUGGAUUACAUCUAGAUGA